AUGGCGCCACAGUUGGGUUUCGUGGGCUUAGGCAAUAUCGGUCGUGGCAUGUCUAAGAACCUGGUAGAGAAAGGCAACCUUUCAAAGCCUCUCCUGCUCUUUAAUCGAACCAAGUCGCGAGCCGAUGAUCUCUCCUCGAAGAUUGGAAACAGCAAGGUUGCAUCCUCUGUCGAAGACCUGAUCGCAAAGUCCGAUAUCAUCUUCUAUUGCCUAGGCGAUGACGCUUCUGUGCUGGAGAUGGUCGAAAAGAUGGUCCAGAACUCCGUUAGGGACAAGCUGUUUGUCGAUUGCAGCACUGUUCAUCCCUCCACAACAGAUCAAGAGAACGAGAAGAUCACAAGUGCUGGUGGUCGAUUUGUCGCGAUGCCAGUAUUUGGAGCGCCCGCCAUGGCAGAUAGCGGGUCUUUAAUUUGUGUCCUGGCGGGAAAAGCGUCUGAUAUUGAAAAGGUCAAGCCAUACACCACGGGGGUUGUGGGUCGCGCCGUGAUCUAUUUCAACGAUGAGCCACCUAGCAAAGCAACGACGCUGAAAGUUUUAGGCAACACGUUCAUAUUGUCAAUGGUGACAACCCUGGCCGAAGGUCAUGUACUUGCAGAAAAGUCGGGCCUCGGAACAGACCAGCUGCACAAGUUCAUUGAAAUCAUGUUUCCCGGACCCUUCACAGCCUAUUCAACCAGAAUGUUGAGUGGAGACUAUUACCAGAGGGACGAACCACUCUUUGCUGUCGAUCUAGCAAGAAAGGAUGCCAGACACGCAAAGAAAAUUGCAAGCGACAACGGCACUCGUAUGCGCAUCGUUGAGCUAGGUGAUGAGUACCUAGCCGGAGUCAAAGCUGAGAUGGGACAAUCUGGAGACCUGGCUGGCAUAUACGGAGCAAAGCGAGCAGAGUCCGGUUUACCUUACCGCAAUCAAGAGGACAAAAAGUGA